AUUUUUGUUAUAGGAGAGAGAGUUUAGUAUUUUGGUAUCGUGUGUGGUGGCCUACCCACCUGUGGCGAAGGUCGUUUGGGUCAAUUGCCCUGAAAAAUAUUAGAAAAAUGGAAGAUAGCGAUACGAGACGAGCAGUGCAGUGCUCUGCAGGGAUAUUUGUCAGUCCAAACACUCUUUCUUUCUCUUCUUCUCUUUCACACUAUUCCCCAUACCUUCUUCACAAACUGACACACCUUCUCCCAAAACAUAGUACACUCUCACACAAACAAAACAAUCUCUCUUUUCUUUCUUUCCUUCUCCACCACACCGCAAACAACUAUUUCCAAAAUUUCACCUUCCAUUUCUGGCCGGAAAUGCAGGAUAUACAUUCCAUCUGCGGCGGCGACCGCAGGCUCAGACAGCACCACCACCACCACCACCAGCCGCUCAAGUGCCCUCGCUGUGACUCCCUCAACACCAAGUUCUGUUACUACAACAACUACAACCUCUCCCAGCCACGCCAUUUCUGCAAGAACUGCCGCCGCUACUGGACCAAAGGCGGCGUCCUUCGCAAUGUCCCCGUCGGCGGUGGCUGCCGCAAGUCCAAACGCUCCAACAAACCCAAAACUACUACCGCCACCACCACCAACAACAACAACAAUCCUUCCUCUUCCUCGCAGAUCGCUCCGGCAACCGCGUCCACCACGCCGUCGGCUGCGGAGCCGGAGCGCAACUCGAACUCCCACUCUAGCAGCGAAAGCUCCACGCUCACCGUCACGGAGGCGAUGUCGGCGCCGACAUCAAACACGUUGUCCAGCAACGCUUUGUUCCUGGACAACGUUCGCGAGUCGAAGUUGUUUAACGCUAGUAACCCCUCUUUGGAUGGCGGUGCCGUUUUCUCUGAGAUAGGAAACUUCUCUAGCCUCAUUGCUUCAAAUAACGAAGCAUUGGGGUUUGGGUUUGGGAAUUGCAGUAAUAACAACAGCAACGGCAACAGCAACAUCCUCGAUGCGACGCCGUUUCGGUUCGGUGUUACUCAUCCGCAGGGGAAUAAUAAUGAUCAGGUGCAAGGAGCAGCAGGUGGAGAGCAACAGCAGAAUCAUCAGGAGUUCGGUACGGCGUCGUUUCUCGAUCUGACGGCGCCGCUGGAGUUUUCCUCGUUGCCGCAGAAGAGUGGUGGUCAUCAUCAUGGAGGGUUUGGAUCGUUGGAUUGGCAACCCGGUGCGGAUCAAGGUUUGUUCGAUCUUCCUAACACCGUUGAUCAACCGUACUGGACCCACAGUCAUUGGUCUGAUCAAGAUAAUCCCUCUCUCUUUCACCUUCCUUGAGAGAGCUCAAGAAAUUUGUUUUUUUUUUUUUUGUGAAAGAGAAUGAAAAAAAAAUGUGCAAGGAUGUUAGAAUUAAUUAGCAUAUGUAAAUUUUGGUUUUACUUGGUUUUGGAGGGGUGAUUAUGAGAGUCAUGUGCAUGUGCAACUAACAAAGACCAUGUUAGUUUUCUUUUGUUCUGUGUAUUUUGAUGUAUGAUGUAUGAACAGGGGAUGGAUAAACAUAGGAAUGGUGUUUAAAUAUAUAUAUAUAUAAUGGGGAUUGGUGGUGUAAGUAUUGAUGUUUGUUAGGAUUGAAAAGUUGUUUUGGCGUGUUUGGGAUGG